CUCACAGCCGACCGGCUUGGUUUAGGCUCUCCCUCGGAGUUUGCCCGGCUGAAGAAGGAGAAGGAGGAGAUGGCCCUCAUCUUGAAGAGCCAGGCUGACGAGCUGAUCAGGCUGUCUGGGUUAGCCGGGACCCUGAAGACCGAGAUCUCACAGCUAAAGGAGGAGAAUGGCCGGCUAAUGGAUGAAAUCUCUGAGGCCCAGAGGGAAGCAGCGGAGAAGGAAGAAACCUUCCCCGGGCGUGUUGUCGCCUGGGUUGAAGAGAACAAGGGCGUUGCUGCCCGGGUGAUGACGGCGACUCCAGAGACGACAAAGGAGUCCUUCAGGCUUCUGUACCGGGAGCCUGAAGGAAAGAAGAUGAUUACCGCGAUUGGAUCCUUUGGAUUCAAGAGCGGUCAAAAGAAGGACAGGAUCGCCUCUCACCGGGUGCUGCUCAGGAGAGAUCCAAACUUCAGCGCUGCAUCCUAUGGCCUGGCCCCAAUCCCAGAGGAAGAGCCUACUCCCCCUUUCCCCUUAGACUAGGCCCCCCGGUUGUGCCCGGUUGUUUUUGUAAAAACCUCAACUUGAAAUUUCCCCGGGGAUGCCCGGUGUAGUUGUAAAACAUUUAACAUUCUUAUUUCGUUUGAAUGCCAUGUUUUCUUUUCAUACCGGUUAAUCUUCCACGUCUGAUUGCUUGUCUGAU